AUGUUCAGACAAAUCAUCAGAACCCCAGCCCUUAGAGUUGCCGUUCCAGCCAUCCGUGCUAGACCAGCCUUUGGUUCUUUCAACAAGUUCGUCAGAAACUACUCCGACCACCACGAAGAAACUUAUGAAGAAUUCACCACCAGAUUCGAAAAAGAAUUUGAACAAGCUUACGAUCUUUUCGAAGUCCAAAGAGUCCUCAAUAACGCUUUCUCCUAUGAUUUGGUCCCAGCUCCAUCAGUGAUUGAAAAGGCUUUGUUGGCUUGUAGAAGAGUCAAUGACUACGCCACUGCCGUCAGAGUUUUCGAAGGUUUGAAGGUCAAGGUUGACAACAACGAACAAUACGAAGCUUACCUUGAAGAAUUGAAGGAUGUUAGAAAGGAAUUGGGUGUUGACCUUAAGGAAGACUUGUUCCCAGAAUCUGCCUAA